GACUAGAACACUUGAUAGAGGAGAACGAGGCUGCUUGGUUGAUCAGACCGCAAGCAGAAUGGAAGGAGGGGUGGCUUCGGCUGUGAUACGUCGAAUCGUGGUCGUCUUGAAGGAUGCACUCCAGCUGCAAGGUGCUCGAGGGCUUGACCUUGAACGGUCAACGAGCGGAGACAAGCCCUUGCACCAGGUACCGGAGCUGCCGCUUAACAUCUGCAUGGUAUCCGAGAUGUUCGUGCAGAUCCUUACCACGGGGCUCGGCGCCCUUGUCUUAGUCUGGGGGACCGUCGUCCUGCUCGGCGGUUUCUCAACUUCUCUACAGAAGGCUGAUUUCUGGGUCAUCACCGCUAUCGUCUUCAUCCAAACAGCCAGGGUCGUGGGCAUAAAUGUAAGCCCCGAGGCAGAAUUUUUCAACCAAGUUCCACCAGCAUUCCUCGAAUUGGGCGCCGAGCACUACACGGAAUGGGGCCGAGGAAGGCCGCUGACUGGCCGAGCAAUUGGCUCUAAAUUCAUUUACUAUGCCAUGCUGCUACUUGGAAAUGCAAGUGAAUUCAUAAGCAUUAUGGCCUUCUUAGCAAUAUUGGUCGUUGCGGUUAAGAUGAUCGCAGGGUUAGGCUGCAUAUCACUUUCCAUCUAUCGUCUCGUUGCCCUCCUGUCGGGACAUCAUGACAAUUCCAAUGUGUUUCGUGCACUCAUCUUGUUCCAUGCUCUCGUGCUUCUCCAAGGUGGAUUGUUCAUCGUGUGGUUGUUUCUGAGGUUGUAUCGUUCUUAUCUUGCAAACCAGGUGAGCAUCAAGUAUGGACUUGAAGACAAGAGAGAAUUGAUUGACAAAUAUAUGGACAAAACAUUGAACACAGCCAUAAAAAACGGGGUGUCAAGUACCAUCAACAAGAAUCUGGCGUCCUUCGCAUCAGACUUGAUAAAAUCUGACUACAGUCAGAACCACAUUGAUGCAGUUUUGGUGAUGCAUACAUUGACAUCCCAGGAGGAGCAUAGGACAAGAACACUAUCCCAGAUACAAUCCUCGCCGCUCUGUGUUUCCAGGCUGCUUGACAUGGUUGCCUCAAAGAGCCCCACUGAUCAUAGGACAAAAAUAUGCAUCGCAGAAAUUGUGGCACAUCUUGCUAGCAACUUGCGCUUGGCUGACAUAUCAGGAGCAACAGAGUCCAUAUCUUCCAUGAUUGAUCCCUACUUUACAAAAAUGUCAAUACCAGCUACCAAUGUCAACAUGGACCAUCAGACAGCUAUUGACAUCACAACUGACCAGCAGGGGGCUAUUGAGUCAGCCAGCGCUACCAAUGGAGGAGAAAGCAUCGGAUUUUGUACUUGGCUUGAGCAAUUCCUGAAAAUGGUGGCUACGCAUACUGUGGAAUUCAUCAGAAAUAGACAGCAAGGUACUCUUCGAUCCUCCAGCACUACCAGUGGAGCUGAAAGCAAACCUCUAAUUAUCCAUGGCCUGUUGAUUCUUGCCAAGCUUGCAGUUAACCCGGACAACUGCAAACACAUAUAUGAUUACAAGGGUCUCCUCUCCAAGAUCAUAUCUCCAGUCAAAAAUAAAGUGUAUGACAUGCCCAGAGAUGAUGGUAUCACCAUGGAAAUAACUGAGAAGGCACUGGAAGUGGUGAGCAUGCUUGUCAGUGGCACAGAUGAAACCAAUGAAAAGAUACGCCGAGAGAUUUGUAGCAAUGGGAUAGCAGUGAAUGAUAUCCGCUCAAUCUUGGAAAAGGGCCACAUGUACAACAAGCUAAAGGUUCCAGCAACAAAGAUCCUUACGGAGCUAUCUUUGGAUACGUUCACUCAACCUACCCUUGGACUUGAUGGCGUAGCGAUAUUCAUUAACUACUUGAUGGGUAUCUUAUUUGCUGCUGCAAAUGUGAGUGAAGAACUCAAGAAUACCGCAGGGGAAGCAUUGGCAGUACUGGCAAUGGACAAUGCCAAUUGUAUGAGGAUCAUGAAUUUCAGCAGAGAGACAAUUCAGUUGCUCACAGAUAUGAUUCCUAUGGAAAACGCCAGAUUAUAUCAAACUGCCAUAGCACAACUGCUGAUGCAACUUUGUGCAAAUUCUAAUCCUGCAGAAAGGGAGCAUCUCAAAACAAAUCUACAUGAGGUGCUCAAAGUUAUAUGCAAUGUUGAACAAGCAGAAAAUGCAAAUCAGGUGGGUUCUCUGCAGCACAACUCAGGUCCGCAACAAGCAGCAAACACAAAUCAGGCGGGCUCUAGCCAACAUAACACGGACCAGCAACAAGCAGCAAAUGCAAAUCAGGUCGGUUCUCCACAGCACAACUCAGGCCAGCAACAAGCAGCAAAUGCAAAUCAGGUCGGUUCUUCACAGCACAACUCAGGGCAGCAACAAGCAGCAAACACAAAUCAGAUAGGUUUUCUACAACACAACCCAGUGUGGGCCCUGUUUUCUUGGUCACUUUAUUGCUUGAACAGUUUUCUUGGGCCUCGCCACACUCACGCUGCUAACAGAAACAAUCCGAGUGACAACUUGCCGGCUGUUGCUCAGCUCGAAGGUGCUAAAAGAAAAUCCCUGGCAGCCUUCUUAGGCCUUACAAUGCAGAUAUGUGACAAACCGGAGAUCAAUCCAAAUGAUUUUGAUAAUGCACUUGCACUCAUUCCUCUUUCCAUGGAUGACUUUGUGGAUAAACUGAAUCAUAUAAUAGAACAGUGCAAGGGCCACGCUUUUGAUAGCUUGGAAGGGAAGGGUCCCUCAGUUGAGUACCUGAUAAUAAUCAAGACAGUGACAAAGUUAUGUACAUGGAUGAUGCAACGCAAGCCAGACUGCAUUACAGUAUUCCAGAACAGGAACACUAGCACAAAACUGCAGGGUGCUUUGGAGGAUAUGAGAGACCUGGAACUAGGUAUACUCCUUACCGGCAGUACACGGGACAUGGAUAAUUACCAAACCCUUUCAACCAUCGUUGGUGUUGCACGGCAGAUGAUGGAUGCUAAUGUGCAAGUUUAAAUAGGAAGUGGCGGAUAAGUAUUAGUGCAAGUUUGCAGUUUUCUUUCGGGUGUCUACUUUUUAGAGAAUUGUUUGCGCCGUGUGUCUCGGCACGUGUCAAGAAUCAACAUAGCUACUUCAUUUUAUAUCUUUCCGAUUUCAAAUGUGCUUGAUUUUCCGUAGAAUGAUUUU